AUGUUGAAGCGCUUCGAGCUAACGAACCUGGACAGCGCAGUACCAUACUGCAUUUCAGAUGACCAUUUUAUUGGUUUUCGCUUCGACAGUGAGCCCAAAAGUGCCAUUGUCACCGAUGGGCGCAUACUACUGAACUGCCAGUAUACAGUAGAGAAGGCUAAUGUUAAAGAUGUUCGGUUAGAAUGGAAAAAGGAUGGAUCUUUAAUAAAUAUAAAGUCUAGCAGUAGAAUGCAACUUUUCUCGAACGGAUCGUUAUCUAUUCAUGAUGUUAUUUUGAGCGAUACGGGCUCUUAUCGCUGUGUGGUUCAUGUGACAUCAAGUGAUGGGUUUACUUGGACGUAUAUGAGUAGAAAAUCCAUCAUCAGUCUACCAGAUCUUCCAAAGUAA